AUGGGGAAAAGGAAGAACAGGCCACAAGUGUUCAUCAACUUCAGGGGCAAAGACGUGCGGAAGAAACUAUUGCCACAUCUCAAACAUCAUUUGAAAGAUAGAAAUGUGAAUGUGUUCACUGACGACGACGCUUUUGGAGAACAAGUUGAGAAGAUCUUCAAAUAUAUUAGAAGGUCACGGACUGUGAUCGUCAUCUUCUCCAUUAACUACUUGGAGUCACAUUGGUGUUUAGACGAGCUGGUUGAGAUCCAGAAAUGCUUGGAGUGUAAGAAGGUUGACUUUGCCAUACCAAUCUUUUAUAAAGUUGAGACUUCCCAUGUCAAGAAACUGAGCGGAAAAUUCGGAAAGAAGUUUGUAGCUUUGCAGGAGAAGCAUCGCAAAUCUAAGGUCAAGAGAUGGAAGAAAGCUGUGAGAUACGUGGCUAAAUCAAUUGGACUGACUUAUGAGAAAAGAAGUUCAAUUUCAGAGUUGGAUUUCAUCAAGAAGAUUGUGGAAAGGGUUGAUUUUACUUUAACCAAAAUUUCAUCAAAGGAUAAAAAUAGUCCUGAGACAUCUAAGGUGUGUUCUUAG